UGGAGGCGGAUCGGAGGGAGCAGUGUGAUUGGCCGGGCGGGGACUGGCUGUCCGGAGGCUGGCACUGAGCUCGGAGCGAUCGUCCCCGUGUUCUUGUUUACACCUUGCGGAGCAGGAAGAAGGAGACCCGGCGGCCGCGCGCGGACUUAACCGACCAGAGCGCGAGCCACUCGGCCACCUGACAACACCUUCGCCCCUCUCCCAAAGACCUCGCCAUAUAUGUCCAUUCCUGGGCAGUCGGACUUUCUUUUUCUUUUCUUUUCUUUUCUUUCCCGGGGAAGGGUUGAGUCGUGAAACUUUUUUUUUGUGGACGACGAUUUGGGGGAUAAACCAAAGAUGUAAACGCGAGGAUUUUCAACUUCUUUAAAGUUAAACGGAUGUGUUAUUGACAUUCGAACCUAAACCACAGACUCCUCAACACCUGUUCCUGAGCAUAUUAAGAGAAUUUUGGAGGAAAAAAAGACACUGUGUGUGUGCUGCAGCUGGGGACGUGUUGGAGCCGCGUAGCCGGAAAAGAUGCUCUCUCAUCGGAUGCCGAGUGGAGCUGGUGUCGGUGCUCUGGUGCUUGUGCUCCUGGUCCGAGUGUAUUUCGUGUUGGGGACUGAGAGCACAGACUACAGCGACGCAGAGGUUCUCCCCGAGUCCUUUCCUUCGGCACCAGCAGAACCUUUACCAGAAUUCCUGCUGGAACCAGAGGAUGCGUUCAUUGUCAAAAACCGCCCAGUCCAGCUCCGCUGCAGGGCGUCGCCGGCCACGCAGAUCUACUUCAAAUGCAACGGAGAAUGGGUCAACCAGAACGAUCAUGUGACCAGAGAGAGCGUGGACCAGAUCACAGGUCUGGUGGUGAGAGAGGUGGACAUCUCCGUGUCAAGGACCCAGGUGGAGGAGCUGUUUGGGCUGGAGGACUACUGGUGCCAGUGUGUCGCCUGGAGCUCAGCGGGCACCACGAAGAGCAACCGUGCCUACGUUCGCAUUGCAUAUCUGAGGAAAAACUUCGAGCAGGAGCCACUGGGGCGAGAGGUGCGUCUGGAGCAGGAAGUGCUGUUGCAGUGUCGCCCCCCAGAGGGCAUGCCAGUCGCUGAGGUGGACUGGCUGAAGAACGAAGACACCAUCGAUCCAUCACAGGACUCCAACUUCCUCAUUACCAUCGAUCACGAUCUGAUCAUUAAGCAGGCCAGACUGUCAGACACCGCCAACUACACCUGCGUGGCUCGUAACGUGGUGGCCAAACGACGGAGCAGCACUGCCACUCUGAUCGUCUACGUGAGUGGAGGGUGGUCUUCAUGGACUGAGUGGUCUGAAUGUAACACCCGAUGUGGGCGGGGCUGGCAACGACGGACACGUAGCUGCACCAAUCCCACGCCUCUCAAUGGCGGCGCAUUCUGUGAUGGGCCUCCAUUUCAGAGAAUCACCUGCACCACUCUUUGUCCAGUGGACGGAGGUUGGACGGAGUGGGCCAAGUGGUCCGCCUGUGGGACCGAGUGCACCCACUGGCGAAGCCGAGAAUGCCAGGCCCCUCCGCCCAGGAAUGGUGGGAAGCACUGCAGCGGCAGCAUGAUGGAGAGCAAGAACUGUACAGAGGGGCUUUGCGCUCGCUAUAAAAAGAUUUCUAUUGAACAUGCAAGCCAUCCUCUGGCUCCUGGAAUGGGCGUCGCGGUGUACGCUGGUUUGGUCGGAGCCCUGCUGCUGUGUGUGAUACUCGUAUUGUGUGUUGGCGUGUUGGCAUACCGCCGCAGAUGUCGCCAUCUCCACGGGGACAUCACGGACUCUUCGUCUGCUCUCACCGCCGCCUUUCACCCUGGCAACUACAAGCCACCCAGACAAGAUAACCCACAUCCUCUGCAUCCAUCAGCUCCUCCAGAUCUGACAGCCACAGCAGGGGCUUUCCGGAGCCCUCUCUUCUCCCUCCAGCAGGGGGUCAACGACAGCCUGCACAAAAUCCCCAUGACCACCUCCCCUCUGCUGGACCCCUUACCCAGCCUGAAGAUAAAGGUGUACAACUCGUCCACGCUCUCCUCUCUGGAGCUGCCUGCUGACAUGUACACGGCUGACAGUGAGAUCCUCAGUCUGAAGUCGGUGGGGACGAUGGGGAGAGAGUACCCCUAUCAUACCCUGUCCAGGGAGCCGGGGCUCAGCACCAGCACCACUCUGGGUCACCUGGGUGGACGCCUCACCAUCCCAAACACAGGCGUGAGCCUGCUGGUUCCUCCUGGCACCAUUCCACAGGGGAAGUUCUACGAGAUGUACCUCAUCAUCAACAAGUGGGACAAGACAACCCUUCCCUCCGAGGGCAGCCAGACUGUUCUCAGCCCAGUGGUCAGCUGUGGUCCGUCCGGCAUGCUGCUGAAUCGUCCCGUGGUCCUGACCUUGCCACACUGCGCCCAACUGGACACACCGACGCCGGACUGGACCCUCACGCUCAAGACACAGACCCAUCAAGGGGCCUGGGAGGAGGUCCUGACGGUGGGAGAGGAAACCCUGUCGUCUCCUUGCUACCUGCAGCUGGAGGAGGAGUGCUGUCACGUUCUGAUGGAGCAGCUCGGAACGUACGGUCUGGUGGGACAGUCCUGCCCACCUCAGCCGGCCUGCAAACGCCUCCAGUUGGCGCUGUUCGCCCCCAGAGCGCCCUGCCUGUCACUGGACUACAGCCUCCGGAUCUACUGCAUCCACGAGACCCCACAUGCGCUGAAGGAGGUGCUGGACCUGGAGCGGAGUCUGGGCGGGGUUUUGCUGGAGGAUCCUAAACCGCUGCUGUUUAAAGACAGUUACCACAACCUGCGCCUCUCCAUCCACGACAUCCCGCACGCUCACUGGAGAAGCAAGCUGCUGGCCAAGUACCAGGAGAUCCCCUUCUACCACAUCUGGAGCGGCAGUCAAAGACCUCUGCACUGCACCUUCAGCCUGGAGCGAAGCAGCCUGGUGGUGUCUCAGCUCACUUGCAAGAUCUGCGUGCGACAGGUGGAAGGUGAAGGUCAGAUAUUCCAGCUGCACACCGACAUCCAGGAGACACUCCCACCUCACUCCCCACUCCCAUCUGGAGGAAGCUGCCUGCCUGCUUCUCAAGUGGGACCUUAUGCCUUUCGCCUGCCUGAGUCCAUUCGGCUGAAGAUCUGCGCCAGCUUGGACGCUCCCAGUGCUCGAGGCUGCGACUGGAGGCUACUGGCCCGCAGUUUGGGCUUCGACAGGUACCUGAACUACUUUGCGACAAAGCCCAGCCCCACAGGUGUUCUACUGGACCUAUGGGAAGCUUGUCACCAAGGCGAUGCAGACCUGGUCUCUUUGGCAACAGCGCUGGAGGAGAUGGGCAAAAGUGAAGUGCUUGUUGUCAUGACGACGGACGGCGAUUGUUGAUUGGUCCAAGGGAACGAACUAUAUAUAUAUAUAUAUAUAUAUAUAUAUACACAUGGAUAUGACAAAUACCUGCCAAUGAAUAUGCACACGCGGCGCAUUUUUGGUUUCACAAGAGCGGCGCCUGAUCCUGUCGGAACUCUUCAGCCCCCUUUAGCGAUGCACCGCCGGCACGCGGGAUAUCCGGCGACCAAUGCCCUGCUCACUCGACCGGAAUCCUUAAAAGUGGUGAAGAUUGAGAGGCAAUUUGUCGGUAAAGAAGCGUAAAAUGGGUGUUAAGUCAUCUGUCACGUCGUGUUGACUUUCUGCUUUUCUUGUACAUAAACAGCGAAAAAGGAAACAGCGAAGUGCAAACACAGGCUAACAAGGGAUUAGCCACAAUUCAGUAGCAGCAUGAGAGUGCAUGAUUGAACACCGUCUCACCUCAGGGCAGGGGCUUUUUCUACUGAAAAAUCAUUGUCAUCGGUGUGUGUGCGCUCAAUAUCUGACAGCAACAACCUCCUCAGGCUGCACACACAUCAAGCGGUCAUUAAUGGACUCAUCAAGAAUUUAUAGUCCAAUUUCUCCGACGACUAAUCAUUAGAACUGGACCCGCAAGGUUUUGGGCCAAAUCACCGGAGUAAACGCCGCCCUUCUCUGAAAGGGUUACGUCGGCCUGCUCUCACUGGGGGGCACCUUCAGAUUUCAGCCCACACUCCAUCACAGUCAUUACAGUGGAAGCGCCCAAACUUUCACCCCACACUAUGAACUGGAGGAAGGUGGCUGUGUUUACAUGGAAACUAUUGUGUCAGGCUUGGAAACUAGCUGGUCAUGAACUGGCUGGCAGUAACAUGGGCAGGUCUGGGGGCUUGUGUUUCAAGAACUGGUGCUCAAGAAUCUCUGUUGUCAGUCAUUUCAAAGGAAAGCCUGCGCAGUUCAGUAGAGUCCGUGUCUCCGGACGGAAAGAUCCGCCGCUCCCACUUCACGCUCAUUAAGCAGAGGACGUGGAGCCAGGAUGGGUUCCAUUGCUUGUCAAGCUGGAAACCUCCUGACCCUGGAAGUCAGCGCAGGGCUGAAGGAAACUGUCUGGCUAACAAAGGAGAGCUGCUCCUGACAGGUAUCAGUAGGCCACAGAGACUGGUUUGCCUCUUACCAAUUUGAAAGGAGGACUUAAACCUGCUUGUCAAGAGGGAAAACCUUUGACCCUGGAGGUGUCCAGUUCAGCCAGAUGAACCGGUGCCACUUCUAUUUGGCGUUGUUUUUUUUUGGACCAUCCAUUUUUAAGACAUUCACAUAAGAAUGUUUUAACAUAUAAGAUUGACUACCAAAAACAAAACAGUAAAUCAUAGUGGCAACUUUCUGACUCAAGACUUUGGUGUAAGGGUUUGAGUGAUGCUGUCUGUGGUGUCAUUGACCUGGAGUUACCUGGGUCUAACUCCAGUUCUAUUUUAUACAAGCUUAUGCCACCUCUGCGCCUGAAAGAAACUCGCAUGCACAAUCCUCAAAACUUUGAAUACAUUAAGUGCAGAUUCUAUGUGGGACUUGCAUUUAAAUCCAACCAGGGUCCAAUAUAAAUUUCUUAUUUUAUUUUCCAUGGAUUCUUGUGAAGCAGACUAUGAACAGGUGCGUGAAGAGAGAGCAAAUGCAUGACACAAGUGAGGAGAUUAAAGUCAAAAGCUUAAAUUUGAAUACUUAUGUCUCUUAAAAGUUAACAACCAAAUUUACAGAUACAUUGAAUGCACCACACAGAACGGUCUCAGGUGCAUCCGGUUCACAUCAGUCCAUGUAAAAAGGAAAUAUUCAGAUUGACUCAAAUAAUAAGAGGCACCAGCUUCCUAGACCAAGCCCAUUUGCGAGUGGUCUUCCCGACUGAUCCAUUGACUGGCAGACUUUCCUGUCAUCCUGAAGCCCGGUUAGAUGUCUCAGUGACAGGUAGCCUUUUUCUGAAACCUGUGUGAAGUGAGGAGGAGGAGGCACGGCUCACUUUGACGACCGGGGGGGUUGAGUAAUCUAGAAGAGAGGCUCUUUGUCGGUCCAAGGGAUGGUUUGGCUUAUCACCAAGCUCUUCUCCAAGGCUUUAGCUGUCUAACCUGCCACGUCUGUGAGACAGAGCUCAGCUCCACAGGGGGUUGCGUACAACCUACACGAAGACGCACCAUUAAAACCCCACUACAUUCAAGUUAAAUGAUCCGUAGCACAUGUAAACACAGCCCCACCUUCUUGCUCCUCUUCUCACCCAAAUAAACAAUGCCAGUGGUUGCUGAAUCCAUCUCUCCUUUUCCUCUCCACAGUCUCUUAAAAGUUUCCUUUGGGGAACGCUCAGUGAGCUUUUUAUCCAUAUUUGUGGAUUCUCUUUUUGUUCUGCUCAUAGCUGCUUUUGCCGUUUCUGACUGUAGAUGACGAUGUUAGCGUGAAAUGUUGAAGCUCAACUGUCAGACACCAUGAUAGCAGCAGGUCUGAGCGCCGUGCUUCGUCUGCAUUCGCUGCUCGGAGAUGAAUUACGCGGAGAUUAGUUUUGCCUUGAGUCUGCAGGAGACCAUUACAUUUACCUCAACAUGAACGGUGUGUGUGUGUUUGUGUGCGUGCGUUUUUGUCAGUGAGCAACCGUCACAACGCAAUCUUCUAAUUUGAUGACAGAAGCGUUUUACGAAGCUGCCUGCUUUGUGGUCAGGGUCUUCAGGCUUUCCUCAUUUCUCCAUUCCUCCUUCGUCUCUAAGCAAAAAAACGCUGAUGUUUGAAGUCACAAUACCAAAACAGUGUCACGAUUCUGGCAGCCUUGCUGUGUAUCUGUAUGAAUGUUAAAUGCGUGUGUGCACUUGUCAUCAUUUUGUAAGUGCUAUGCAAAAGAGAAAAGAAAAGCAUUUGAUUUCUUUUGUUUCCUGGAAGAGUAACUCUAUUUUUUCAAAUCAGGGCAUUGACAGGGUUCUGAUUUUGUAUCCUUAAAGUGGCGCUGGCAUUGGUGGGAAUUCGGCAAGGCGACAGGACACUGCUGACAAAGUGCGCAAAUGAUCACAAAGGGCCGACAUGUUGAACAGCUGACAAGAUGUCGCUUCUGAACACGACCGGACUGUGGAUUUGGUUCCCUUUUUCUCAGACUGUGUAUGACAGAGACUGCUGACCAGGAACUUUUUCAGGAUGAAAACAAGGAUUGAAAAACAGAUUCAGUGACAUUUUAUCUCGCAAAAGUAUCGAUUGGAAACAUCUAGCCUUCUUACCUGUA